UUUGGUUAAAUGGAUACGUUUAGAAAAUCUAACUUCCAACAUAGCCAAAGCUACCUCCCUCUCCCUCCCGGGGACUAGAUACUAUAACAACACCCCUUGUUGUUGUUAUUGUAACAACACUAGCCUCCAACCAAUAGGAAGCUAGGAUUGUGAUGACUUUUUAUUAGAUGAGUUGACCUAGUGUAAAAUCAAAGCAGGGGUAUAAUUGUCAUUAUGAAAAAUCUGUUUAAAUAAUAAAAAAAGUAAUAAAAAAAUAUUUUUAUUUUCUGCCCAAAAAUUUGGUCGUCGGAAUUCUGCCACCGGUCGCCGGUCACCGGAAUAUGCUUACCGGCGUCGGAAUAUGCUUACCGGCAUCGGAAUCUAGUCAUCGGGGCCGGAAUAUGCUUAUCGGCGCCGGAAUCCGGUCACUGACGGUCACCGGAAUUCGGUCAACGAACUUCGUUGACCGGUCAACGGCUAACCACCACCGGAUGUUAUGGUCUGCAUUGUGAGAUUUAUGGUUUGGUUUCUCAUAUUUUUGUACGCCUUUUGUGGUUUGCUUUAUCGUGUUUGUGGUUUGCAUUGAGAAGUUUCUGGUUUGCUUUCAAAAACUUUGUGGUUUGCAUUGUGAGGUUUCUGGUUUGUUUUCAAAAAAUUUGUGGGUUACAUUGAGGGGUUUCUGGUUUGUUUUAAUAUAUUUGUGGUCUGCAUUAGAACGUUUAUGGUUUGAUUUAUUGUGUUUGUGGUUUGCAUUAGGAGGUUUCUGGUGUGCUGUCGUAAAUAUUGUGGUUUGCUUUGUGAGGUUUGUGGUUUGUUUUAGGAGAUUUGUGGUAUGCAUUAGGAGGUUUCUGGUUUGCAUUAAGAAAUUUCUGGUGUGCUUUCGAAAAUUUUGUGGUUUGAUUUGCUAGGUUUCUCGUUUGUUUUAAUAUAUUUGUUGUCUGCAUUAGGAUGUUUUUGGUUUGCUUUACCGUGUUUGUGGUUUGCAUUAGGGGGUUUCUGGUGUGCUUUGCAAAAUAUUUAUGGUUUGCUUUGUGGGUUUUUUUUUAUAUAUUUUAGCAAAUUUGUGGUUUGCAUUAGGAGGUUUCUGGUAUGUUUUUUGUGGGUUGUUUUAUUGCGUUUGUGGUUUGAACUAGGGGGUUUUUUAUGUUAGAAAUAUUUGUGAUUUUGUUUAUUCUGUUUUUGGUUGGUUUUAGUGACUUGUGCUCUGCAUUAGGAAAAUUAUAAAUUGACUUGUACUCACUAAUUGCAAUUACAAAUGAACUAAAUUGGUGUUUUGCAAUGAAAAUUAAAGUGAGUCUAAUUACAGUGAUGCUUGUAAAUCCCACGGAGGAAGUGAUACUUGUACAGCAGAGGUUUAAUAUCUCCGCCACUGGUGGCGAAAUCCAUGGCGGCGCGGUGGAGGCCGUCGAGCUCCAACCGGAUAGCUUUGUGGAAGAAGAGGAAUAUGAGUAUGGGGGACUUGAGCUCCACCGUCCUCCGUUCCGACAACGACGACGAAACCAAUCACAACAACAAGAACAUCAGCAGCAGCCCAACGAAUUCCUCCAGCGUCACCAGCACGCCUCGGAACUCCAACAGCAGCGGAACUCCCAGCAGCGACCACGCCUCUUCCUCUCCGCGAACCACCGGCUCGCCGUAUGCCGGCGGCCAAUUGUUCUCCCCCUGGAACGUCAACAGCAGCCACCACCCGUUGUCUCCGUACAUGAAAUCCCCCUGGAUUGUCCCUUUCCCUGCGCUCUUCCCCAACGACGGCACCGGCAGCGGGGACAGCCUCAUCGGAUCCAUCGUCCGCCAGGAGGGACACGUCUACUCCCUCGCCGCGUCGGGGGAUGUGCUCUACACCGGAUCUGAGAGCAAGAACAUACGCGUGUGGAAGAACCGGUCUGCAUCUGGCGAGCUCGGGCUCCGAUGUCCACGGUCUUUCGCCGCGUCGGGUGGCGCCGCGCCGUCGAGAAGAGCCGGGGACCUGAGAUCGAGGCGGAAUCGUUGUAAACUGCGCGGAGAUCUGAAAUCGAUGAGAUAAUCAACCACUCCGAUCUGGCGGCGGAGGCGAUCUGGCGAGUGGAGGAGAAGAAGAUGCUUGUGCAGGAGGAAGAGGAGCCGGCAGCGGACGUAAUUUUCGUGGAGCGGAGGAGCUGCAAUCUCAGUCGGAGGAGGACGGAGCGAGAGGCCAUCGUGCGACGGCGGCGGCGGAGAUUUUGAUUUUAGUGCAAAGAAAAUGCGUAGGAUUAAUUUUUAUUGUUAAUUUACUCUUUUACCCUUAAUGAAUCCUAUUGUUAUUA